GGAUGAGUGGUGGUCGUCUUCUUGGUCGGUGAAGUUGUUGUACAAGACAGAAAUGCUGUCUUCAUCGUCCAUGAAGUCUUCAGCUCCGUCAGCGUCUCUCCUCCGGUUUUUACGUUCACAGUCCGAUUCCUUCUUUUUCACAGCCAACCCAACCACUUCCGGACGGUCUCUCAAUGACGCCCAAAGUCACCAUCAGCCACAUGCCUUUCCGCUAAGCAGGACGUCAAACUGGACACAUAUCAAUCCUGCGCCAUGCCGGGCGACUUUGGAAGCAAGUCUGAUAUCUUUCCCAAGCCUUUCCGCCAGAUCUCGCGGUAUUGCACGAUGCCGGGCGUCGCUGGCCCAGCGCUCUUCGACAAGCCCAUUCUGUCUCCCGAAUGCGCAGUCUUCGCGCGCUUCAUCCACAAAGAGUAGGAGCCUAUGGCGCAGGCUUUUUGACUUCAAAAGGAACAAGGCUGCUGAGUCCAAACACUACGUCCGUCAUCCGCCUGCACUGAUCAGUGAAGGUACAGAGGGAAGCUUCAACAUUGGUCGCGGAUUAGUAGCCAGGGCCUCGAAUGAACCGCGUCUGCGGUGUACGGAAUUUGACAGCAACGGGGAUGUGACUCUGGUCAACGGUGAAUUCAAGAAAAGCGAGCUGAUUGCCAAGUAUGGUCUUCUCCCUCGAGACUUGCGCAAAAUCGACUCGUCCACGUUGCCUCAUAUCCUUGUACGACCGAGAGCUAUCCUUAUCAACCUACUACACCUGCGGGUUCUGAUCAAGGCCGAUCGCGUCCUUGUGUUUGAUGCAUAUGGAUCAACGGAUUCUUACAUGCAGUCGUUAUUCGUGUACGAUCUUGAGGGAAAGCUACGACAGAAGCAGUCGCCGGGUGCGGGUGCUUUGCCUUACGAAUUACGGGCUCUAGAAGCUGUCUUGAUCAGUGUUACAAGUGGCCUAGAGGAGGAAUUUAACGGUGUUAGAGAUCCGGUUGUGAGCGUGCUCAGGGCUCUGGAGGAAGAUAUUGAUCGCGACAAACUUAGACAUCUCCUUAUCUACUCCAAGAAGCUGGGUACGUUCGAACAAAAGGCUCGUCUUGUGCGUGAUGCCAUUGACGAUCUGUUGGAGGCGGACGACGACCUGGCUGCAAUGUACCUCACAGAGGGUGCCAAGGGUAUUCAACGCGAGGAAGAUGAUCAUCAAGAAGUGGAGAUGUUGCUCGAGUCAUACCAUAAGGUAUGCGACGAAAUUGUUCAGGCAAGCGGCAACUUGGUGACUGGAAUUCGCAAUACGGAGGAAGUUGUCAAGGCGAUCCUUGACGCCAACCGUAACUCUCUCAUGCUAUUAGACCUCAAAUUCAGUAUCGGAACGCUCGGACUCGCAACGGGAACCCUGUUCUCCGCACUUUACGGAAUGAACUUGAAAAACUUCAUCGAAGAAUCGGACCUGGGCUUUGGCGCAGUAUCCGUGACAUGCUUUGCCAUCACGAUCGUCGUCUGUGUUUACGGGCUUGCCAAGCUGCGCAAGCUUCAGCGUGUCCGGAUGUGGGGCGAAUCCGGCGUCGGCAGCUCACCCAUGGUUUCCCUACCCACAAGUUGCGCACGCACCGGCCAUCGGCCAAAUUGGCGAGCAGAUACCAUCGAGCCUGUCUGGGGCAGUCUCCCCGGCGAAGGGCGUGUGGACCGGAUUAAGCGCAUCAGGGAUAAUACAACUGCAGCCGCCGCCCGGACUGCUACCCUCAAGACCGCCAGUGUGCCUCCGAAGCCAUCAGGGGACGGAGCCAGAGAACCAGAGCAAUCCUAAUACACCCGUGGAAGCUCUGCAAAGAACAUUAUCCCAUCUUAUGUCUGAUCAUGAUAUUCCCCACGCAGCUUUACCUGAUACGAUCUUGCCCAUUACCAUUGAAGCUACUAUGAACAAGGACUGCUCGGGGGUCCCAGACACGAUGGUCAUUUGCUAGAAUCUAUAGAACCGCAUGGUAGGAGUUUGGCCAGUGGAUUUGAUUUGCUUCGUCUUUUGUUUGGACUGAUUUCCGCUAGUGCUGUCCUCCCAAUCUACAGGGAGUGACUGUAUCUAGUUCUAGCAUACCACCCAUCUCACUCAUAGGUCUGUUUCUAGGGAGCCGAAGUCGGCUCUGUAAUUUGUCCAUAGACGAUAGAUGUGACGCCUGCGCACAUGUAUGUACAUUUACAUCAUUUUAUCUAACCCUUAUUUCAAUCUUUCCUCCCCUCCAUGUAUCUAUUUAUCAUCUAUCAUAUGUACUCGACUGCU